AUGAUUUUUCAAGAUGGUUAUUGCACCACCAACCAGGUAAGAUUGCAGUUCUCCGACGACAGAUUUUUGCAUCGGGUUCUUCUGGAGGCCCAGAAGAAUGGAGCAGAUUCCAGCAGCCUUGAAAAGCUUCAAUCGAUGGGAUUUGGCCCUGAGAUUGCCAAAGUUGCUCUGCACGUCUCUGGUGGAAAUGAACGAAAAGCUCUAGAGCUUUGUAUGUCAGGUUUGUCGUUCGUGAAUGACACGGUCCUGGAACGCCGCGCGCCUCCAGCUCCAUUGCGCUGUUACGUCUGUGGGCAGAAGUACCUAAACCACACCUCUUUGGACAUGCACCUGAAGGCCUGUCGCCGUCGCUUCGAGCAGCGCGAAGCCACCAAACCCGCGGCGGAGCGCUGUCCGUUGCUGGAGGAAGAGGAACUGCCGGAUGGCGUCCACAGUUUGGAGCAGCACUACGACUUGAUCCGCAGCACCGUCCGCGACCUCCGUGACGCCGCGGAACGCACGGGUCCAACGGACCUCUCCGCGGCGCGGUGCCCGGCCACAACCUACCCGUCGAAGCUGGUGCCCUGCGAGUUCUGCAAGCGGACCUUCCAUCCAGAGCGGCUGGAAACGCAUCAGCGGGUUUGCUUGCAGCGACCGAAGCAAGAAACCAAGCGCCCUCCCAGACGUCGAGUCACCUUGGCGGGUCCACCACCGGCGGCCAUCAACUCAUAUGCUGCCUUUUGUAGUCAGUUGGAACGCUGCAGUUUCUGCUCCCGGCAGUUCCGCCGGGAAGUGCUUCCGUCGCACGAGCAAAGCUGCAGCGCCGGGCAGCCGCGCGUGGCGCGGGCGGCGACGUCGCCCAUGCCACGUGCGCGGUCGACGUCGACGCAAGGUCUUGCCUUCACCCCACCUGCCCGUUCACGGGACUCCGUGGCCACGUCCUCGCUGCGCUUGAAAUGGACGCCCAAUGGGCCCAGCGACAGUCCACAGGGGAGUACGACGAAGAGCUUGUUGGAGACAGGAUUGAUCAGCGUGGCCUCAGAGGAAGAUCAGAGGCAGCUGCGGGCCGAAUUGGAACCAUUGGAACCGGAGAUCCAGGUGACGGGCAUCUUUGCCACCGUUGGAACACAGCGCAGCGUCUACGACGCUCUCAAGAGCAGCCUGGCAGAGGGACGCGACUUAGAGGAGCUGCAGCUGUGGCAUGGCACCUCCUGGGCCUUUAUUCCCAAGAUCUUGAAGCAAGGCUUCAAUCGAAGCUUCGCCGGCCGCCAUGGCACCCUGCUGGGCCAUGGCAGCUAUUUCUCCAAAGACCCGCGCUAUUCGCUGCGCUUCUGCGACAAGAAGGGCGGCCCGGAUGGUACCAAGGUGCUGGUGGCAGCUCGCGUGUUGGUGGGCCGCUACUGCAAAGGUUCUCCCGGAGAUGUGGAGCCUCCCGUCUUCGACGCGCGGACGGGAGAUCGCUACGAUAGCACCGUGGACAAUGCUGAAGCACCUUCCAUCUUUGCGGUGUUUCGAGAUUUUCAAGCACUUCCUUUGUUUCUGAUCGAAAUCCUGGCUUGA